AUUGGGUUUGGAUAUCCCCCUUGAAGACCCUCUGAUUUGAAAUAAGCAAURAUCCAACAAAUGAUAAUGUUAACAUGUCUAGAUGGAGAAAGGAAAGGAAAGACCAGAGUAUCAUUUCAAUCAAGAUUUGCUGAGAGGUCAACAAGGACUGGAUAUAAAGCCAUGCCUUUUAUUCCUGGUUCUUUCUCUACUAUGAUAUCAGUGGAGGAAUCUGAUGAAAAUAAGAGUGAAGGUGAUGGUGAUCCAUUACAAGCACCUGCAUCGCCAUGCUUCGCUGAUGUCCUUUCUUCUGGUGAAAGCUCAGAAUAUGACACUGACUUAGAAGAAGAAUUCCCAGUUAACAACAAAGAGUUUGAUCCAUCUGGGAAAACACUGUAUGUCAAAAUGUGUAAAGAUAAAGAUUUAGUACCUGUUUCGUAUUUUACUGAGAGACUCAAAGAAAGUGAAAUAAUCAUGCGACAUCAUGGAUUGGGGACAAUUGGAACAUUACCACUUUCCAAGUCUUUAAAGAAGAAUACUUUCAUUGAAAAAAUCGAUCUGACAGACAAC